AUGGUGAUCCAGAUGUUACCACAGUUCAUGUGCUUUGCAUCAAUGCAAAAUUCAUAUCCUCAUAUGCCUUUUUGCCUUUCACUUCUUUUUUCUUACCUUGGCAUAGGUUCCUGUAGUCUUAACGUUUUUAUACCUCGGUUGAUCAUAAUUGAAGAUAGAAAGAUUCCAUCAGAUCGUCUAUUGGUGUUGUGGGUUGUCUUUCCGUUCGAUUAUUCUGGGAUUCGGUUCGGUAGGUUGUUCACAUUUACAAAUUAUAGCUUGGCGCUUGACGACGGGGAAGAGAAGAGAAAUGAGAUGAUGACUUCUACCCUGAUGAGAUGCUCCCACGCCAACGCUCUGUUCAGAGCUCUCAAAUCGAAACCCUACAAUUCGUCGCAACCAAUUUCUUCAAUGCCCAUCAAGAAAGGUACUGGUGGGAAGAAGGCGUAUGAUGCAUUGUUGUUGGAUGCUGGGGGCACCCUUUUGCAAUUGGCAAAGCCAGUUGAGGACACUUAUGCCGCUAUUGGAUCUAAAUAUGGUGUGAUUGUGGAUCCAGCUAAGAUAAAGCAAGGAUUUAAAAGAGUAUUUGCUGCUCCGUGGCCUGAAAAGCUACGCUACCAGGGAGAUGGGAGGCCAUUUUGGAAACUUGUAGUUUCUGAAGCCACUGGUUGUGGAGAUGACGACUAUUUUGAGGAAGUUUAUGAGUACUAUGCAGGAGGUGAUGCUUGGCAUCUUCCAGAUGGAGCUUAUGAAACAAUUACUCUUCUCAAGGAUGCUGGAGUUAAGAUUGCUGUUGUAUCUAAUUUUGACAACCGCUUAAGGAAGCUAUUGAAGGAUCUUAAUGUCUUAAAUCUAUUUGAUGCUGUCAUUAUAUCAUCAGAGGUCGGAUACGAAAAACCUGAUUCAAGAAUAUUCCAAGCUGCUCUGGACCAAGUAAACGUAGAGGCUUGCAAAGCCUUACACAUUGGAGAUGAUCAAAAGGCAGAUAAAUUGGGGGCCAAUGCUGUGGGGAUUGAUUGCUGGUUAUGGGGUAUUGAUGUGAAGACAUUCUCCGAUAUCCAAAUUCGCAUUCUCAAUUCAGCAUAA